CCACAACUCCUCCCUACCCGAAACUCCAACCCGAUCCACCCGACUCUCCGAAGUCACCUUUCCCCUUUUUGCCCCGUCUCUCUCUCUCUCUCUUUCUCUUCCUCUUCUCUUCGAUUUAUUUCGGCCUGGUGUUUUGUUGGCUUACGCGAUUUCGCGAAGAAAAUUUUAUAUUCCUGGAUCGACUCAAGGCGGAUUCGAUUGCUCGCUCCGUUGUAUUGUCUCUGUUGUUGUUUGUGGAUCUGUGUUGUUGUGUUUGGAUCGGGAAAUUGAAAAACCCUAGAAUUUCGAGGGAGAUUUGAUCCAUUUCGUCGCGGAAUUAGGGUUUGUUUCUUCGCCGGCGGGGUAUUUUGUCUGGGUUGGAUCUAAGGUAUCGAAUAUUGGUUUGGGGAAGAACAUCGGAGAAUUUCGCGAGGAGUUGUGUAUUGAUGUUGUUCGAAGGGGAAGAUGAUAGAAGGCUAUGCAUGGGAGGGUUUGUGAGGGGAGGAACAAAAGUCGUCGUCGGCACAUGUUGAUAUCUUCCUCGCGUGUAAUUGCGAGUGUGGAAGGUGGUGGUUCUUCGUGUUUAUCCCUAUCUUCAUCUACCUCGUUCUGUAAGGACGGACGCAAAAUUAGUGUUGGUGACUGUGCUCUCUUUAAGCCACCACAGGAUUGCCCACCGUUCAUUGGGAUAAUUCGGCUGAUCAUUGCUGAGAAAGAAAAUAAGUUGAAGUUGGGAGUCAAUUGGCUAUAUCGACCUACAGAAUUGAAACUUGGCAAAGGCAUCCUUUUAGAGGCUGAGCCGAACGAACUCUUUUAUUCCUUUCACGAGGAUAAUAUACCUGCUGCAUCCUUACUGCAUCCGUGCAAAGUUGCUUUCCUUCCAAGGGGUGUUGAACUGCCAUCUGGUAUCUGCUCGUUUGUGUGUCGGCGAGUUUACGACGUUACAAACGAGCGCUUAUGGUGGCUGACUGAUCAAGACUAUAUUGAUGAUCGACAACUAGAAGUAGACAAGUUAUUGUGUAAGACUCGUUCAGAAAUGCAUACAACAUUACAGCAGGGUGGUCGUUCUCCCAAGUCAAUGAAUAGUCCAACAACAUCGCAAGCGAAAGAUGGCAUCCAGAAUAAUAACUCCUUUCUCUCUCAGGGCAAGGGAAGGAAAAGAGAGCGUAUGGAUCAUGGUUCCGAGUCUGUAAAACGGGAACGUUCCUCUCGAAUAGAUGACAGUGGUUCUGGUCCCCUCAGAACGGAAAGCAGUUUAAAGUCUGAGAUUUUAAAAUUUACAGAGAAAGGGGGUCUGGUGGAUUCUGAAGGAGUGGAAAAAUUGGUGCAGCUCAUGCUGCCUGAGAGGAAUGAGAAGAAAAUAGAUUUAGUUUGCCGUGCAAUUCUUGCAGGGGUUGUAGCGGCAACAGACAAGUUUGAUUGCCUUAGUCGUUUUGUCCAGCUGAGGGGACUACCUGUGUUUGAUGAGUGGCUGCAGGAAGUUCAUAAAGGGAAAGUUGGGGAUGGGGGCAGUCCCAAAGACAAUGAUAGGUCUGUAGAUGAUUUCCUCUUAGUCUUACUUCGCGCACUUGACAAGCUACCUGUGAAUCUCAAUGCGCUGCAGACUUGUAACAUUGGAAAGUCUGUUAAUCAUCUACGAUCACAUAAAAAUUCUGAGAUUGGGAAAAAAGCAAGGAGUUUGGUUGACACAUGGAAGAAACGUGUUGAGGCAGAAAUGGAUGCGAAGUCUGGAUCCAACCAGGGUGUAUCUUGGCCUGGAAGACUGAGUCAUGGAGGCAGGCAUUCAGGUGGGUCCUCUGAGGCAAACAAGACAUCAUCAUCACAGCUACACGCUUCAAAGUGUGUGUCGGUUAAGGUGGAAAGCAACCUGAAGCCUUUAGCCACGUCUCCAGGCUCUACAAGAUCAGCUCCAUCCCCUGGAUCAGGUGGUACUGUUUCUAAAGACGGUCAUCAAAGAAAUGCUGGAAAUGGUGGUGUAUCUGAAGUCCUAGCUGCAGUAAAGGAUGAGAAAAGUAGCAGCUCUAGUCAGUCCCACAAUAACAGUCAGUCUUGCUCGAGUGAGCAUGCCAAAACAGGUAAUUUAUCUGGAAAGGAAGAUGCAAGGAGCUCUACUGGUUCAACUGUGAAGAAGUGCUCAGGUGGCUCUUCAAGGCAUCGGAAAUCAAACAGUGUGUUUCAGGGGUCAGCUUCGUCGGCAUCCCCUAGGGAAGCUGGGUUAAGUAGAAGCUUCUCAUCACAGAGAAAUACCCCUUCUGAGAAAAUAUCCCAAUCAAGUUUGACAUCUGAAAAGACUCUUGAGGUCCCUUUGACUGAGGGUUGCAGUAAUAAAUUGAUCGUUAAGCUGCCCAAACGCGGUCGCAGUCCUCCACAAAGUGUGAGUGGAGGCUCUUUUGAGGACCAUGCGCCGGUGAAUAGCAGAGCUUCUUCACCUGUGCAUGCGGUGAAGCAGGAACUGUGUGACAAUAACGUGAGAGAAAAGAUUCAUUCUUCUCGAGCUAAUGUGAGCUCUGUCUUGAACGCCGAGUCUUGGCAAAGUAAUGAAUUUAAAGAUGUUAUGACACGGUCGAACGAGGCAGCUGGUUCGCCACUUGUCGUUGUUGGUGACGAGCACAGCAGGGCUCUUAAAGAUACUGGAAAAGCAGCAGUGAAUGUUAAAGGCACAUCUUCGUCACUAGGAAAUGAGUUCAAAUCUGGAGAAAGACAUGGCGGAACACUCAGUUCAAUGGAUGCAUUGAUUGAAAGUUGUGUCAGGCACUCCGAGACAAAUGCAUCUUUGGCUGGUUCGGAUGAUGUUGGAAUGAAUCUUCUUGCCAGUGUGGCUGCUGAUGUGAUGUCUAAAACGCCUGUUGCAUCACCCUCAGUAUCUCAGCCUUCGAUUUCUUUGACGAAUGAAAACUCUACUGUAGGGAACAAUGCAAAGCUCAUUGCUUUGGAUGGCUUGCCUCGCGACAAACAUGAAACUGUUACCCAGGAUCGCGCCACUUGCAGUAACGAGCAAGGUGAGCAACAUGUUAGCAGUAGUGGCAUGGAUUCGGAGAUCAAGAAUGAUUUCAAGACUGGAGAUCUUGAUAAGAGCUCAAAUUCAGACACUGAAGAUCUGCAAAGGUUAGUGGAUCAGCGCCUAGAGAGCAAUGACAAUUCAGAUGAUGUCGUUGCUUCACCUGCUUUGCCUACAACCGCGGUUGAGGAGAAGAAUUUGGAUGAUAGUGCCUUUGUGGAAGUAAAUGAGAGAAAGGCUGAUGUAAAGUCAGAAACAGAUUGCAUCUCUGACUCAACGAAAAGCAUAGCAAGUUCGUUGCUAACUCCAAAGGUAGAUUCUAUGGCCGUUGAACACCCUCCCUCGGGUGUUGGUGACAGCAAGAAAGAAGAGUUACCACCAGCGGCUUCUGAGCUAGUUAAAAAAAUCGGUGAAGAUAUACCAGUUUCUACUGGGAUUUCAAGGGUUAUGGAUGCUGUGAGCAUUGAUAGACUGGUAACUGAAAAGGUCGAUAGUAUGGAGGUUAAUCAUAUAGACCAAAAAGAUAAAAAUAAGAUUAAGCAGGAAUGCGAUGCUUCUGUGGCUGUUGUAAAGGAUGCAUCAGCUGGUGUGGACUCAUCUGUAACUAAAGGUAAAGUUGAGCCUGUAGAAGGAAAUCCAGAAAAUACUGAAGUUAAGGAACGCUACUCUGGGCCAAGAGCGACUCCAGGGGUAUCGCCUAAAGACGCAGAGGAUCUUAAGAGACCGAAUGGGUUGAAAGCCAGUGAUACUGAUGGAGAUGAAGCAGAGGAAUGUACAUCUGCUGCGAGGGAUACUUCUUCCGCAUCAGCUGGGUCAGAGAUGGAUGCCAGAGUUGAAUUUGAUCUAAAUGAAGGUUUUGAUGGAGACGAUGCAAAACUUGGGGAUUCAAAUAACUUAUCUGGAUCUGUAUUUUCGGCGCCUGCUCCUCUACAACCAGUUACCUUACCUUUUCCGGUGGGUCCCAUAUCUAGUGGACUUCCUGCAUCCAUUACUGUUGCUGCUGCUGCAAAAGGUCCGUUUGUUCCACCUGAAGAUCUGUUGAGAAACAAAGGGGCUGUUGGUUGGAGAGGAUCUGCUGCCACUAGCGCCUUCCGCCCAGCUGAGCCAAGAAAAGCUCAGGACGUGGUACUGAGCAUUAACAAUGCCUCUACAUCCGAUGCCUCUGCAUCUGCUGGCAAACAGACAAGGACUUUUCUGGAUUUUGACUUGAAUGUACCUGACGAGAGACUCCUUGAAGAUUUGCCUUCUCAUAGAUCUGGAAAUGCCACAAACUGUACACCUGGUGUCACAAAUAGUUUUGACCAAGUACGUUCUGGGGUGAUGGGUUCAGCGCUGGAUCAUUCUUCUGGGGGCCUUGAUCUUGAUUUAAACAAAGUUGAUGAUUCGUCUGAUAUGAACAAUUACACAAUGAGCAGUAGUCAUCGGCAAGACUCAUCUUUUCACCAGGUGAAAUUAUCAUCUCCAGGUGGACGUAGAGACUUUGAUUUAAAUGAUGGACCUGCUGGUGAUGAUGCGGUCGUUGAGUCAUCUAUGGUUCUAAGUCAACACUCACGAAGUGGCUUGCCAUCGCAGCCAUCUCUCUCUGGAAUACGAGUCAAUGGCGAAAACAUGGCUAGUUUCUCAACUUGGUUUCCUGCUGCUAACGCUUAUUCAGCAGUGAGCAUUCCUCCAAUCAUGACUGAGAGAGGUGAUCAGGCUUUUCCAAUGAUUGGCAACCGUGGACCGCAGAGAAUGUUGGGUCCAACAACUGGUGUUUCCUCAUUUGCCCCUGAAGGGUACAGGGGUCCGGUUUUGUCGUCUUCUCCAGCAAUGCCGUUCCAGUCCACAACGUUUCAGUAUCCUGUGUUCCCUUUUGGAAAUAACUUCCCGAUUGCCUCAGCAAAUUUCUCUGGCGCUUCUACGGCACACAUGGAUUCUUCCUCAAGUGGGAGAGCUUGCUUUCCCGGUGUCAACUCUCAAAUAUUGGGUCCUGGAGUUACAGUUCCCUCUAAUUACCCGAGGCCUUAUAUCGUUGGCCUCCCAAAUGGUGGUAGCAAUGGUGGAGUUUUGGACAAUAGCGCGAAAUGGUUUAGGUCGUCAGGGCUUGACUUAAAUUCUGGUCCUGGAGGCCAUGACGCCGAGGGAAGAGACGAAUCAACACUUGUGCCAAGGCAAUUAUCCUCAUCUGCUUCCUUACCGUUGAAGGAGGAUCAAGCAAGAAUGUAUCAGAUGUCUGGUGGUGUUCUCAAGAGGAAAGAACCGGAAGGAGGAUGGGAUGGAUAUAGGCAGUCCUCAUGGCAAUAACAAUAUCUCGGAGUCUCAGCAGGCCACAUGAAGCUUUUACAAAGAGAUGAGACUGAUUGUGAUGCCACAAGGCUUCAUUGGCUGGCCUGCUUUGUUCAAGAUGAUGAAUGGAUCUCCCAAGCAGUCCCAAAAUUCACCGGCGUGGCCAUUCUCUUACAGAAGAGCUGUCAACAAGGUUCUCAGCGAGAGACCCGCAUCAUUUGUUUCCUUUGCCUUCCUCCCAACAAAGAGUUUUAAAAGGUGAACACACACUUUUUGGUCAUUCUUCUAAAUAUGCAUGUGUGUAUCUCUAUACACCGGCACAAAAGACUAGAGAGGGAAAACAAAUGUUGAGGUGGCUUUGAGUGUGUUCUAAUUUAUGAUUAAAAAGUCUUUGGCAUUGUGGCUUUACAUACAUAUGUGCUGCGCUUAGGUGAUGGGGUUGUAUUAUAGACACAAAGAUUAGUUACUUUUUUUCUUUUCUUUUCUGAGUUUGUAGAUUUAUUACUUGUGGUAGCUCUGAUUUGAAAUUUCCAAGCUUCUUUUGUCUUUUUGGUCUUGGAUUCAUUAUACGUUCGUCUUAUAGACCAAAUAAAUUUCGAACUCGGGAAUAAUGACUGAUUCAAGCUUUUCAG